CAUUGACGAAUCACCGGCCCCACCACAUUUUUGUCAAACAUUCAAAGUCCCCUCCCAAAUACGUCUAACAUUCAUCACCCUCAAUGCACCGUCGAAACCAGAACCCGACAAUCGGCUUACACGUGUCCACCGACCGAUAUUAUCGGAAGAUUGACGGUUGUGAUCUGGUGGCGCGUGGCGACUUGGCUACCAACCCGUUACAGCGUCCUCUCACCCGUGAUGACUCGUACUUGACCCGACAAGUACACGUGGAGACAGGCGAUUGGUGGUGGCUUGUUAAAAAAACAUGCAAAGUGCGUGACGUGGGUCCGAUUUCAUUGUCGGAAGAGGCGGCAAAAUUCCUUUUGGAAUCUGUUCAUCCUUUACUAGCUGGGCCCCCGAAGGGCAAUCACCAUCUACCGCUUAGAUAAUAAGGACAAUUAGUCCACCCAAUAAAAAUAAGUAAAUAAACAAACAAGAGAAAAUACUCUUCAAGCCAUAGGUUCCUUACAUAUCACAAAUUCAAGCGGAGAAGAGAAUACCUCAAUCCAACACCAAACUAGGGGCUUAGCCUGUUGUGCCCCCCCUCCAACUAGUCUUCAUUGAGGGUUUUAGUCCCGAAACAUACAAUAUCUAUCAUUUAGCUCCUAAACUACACGUCACUUGAACAAUUGGCCCAAAAUUGACGACAGUUGCCAUCCAGUCACAUUCAUCCCGUUUAACCCACACAUACUCAACGUCAUGUCAUCCCCACAUUGGAGGAAGAUUUGUCCAAACUAGACCAAUGGAGGUGCAAUAUAAUUGAUUAUAAUGG